AUGCGCUGUAGUCUCUGUUUGUCCCUGACUGUGGCUCCAGCGAACCACACGGUGAUGGAGGAGGUGGUGGAGGAGGUGAUGGAGGAGGUGAUGGAGGAGGUGAUGGAGGAGGUGGUGGAGGAGGUGAUGGAGGAGGUGGUGGAGGAGGUGACGGAGGAGGUGAUGGAGGAGGUGCUGGAGGAGGUGGUGGAGGAGGUGGUGGAGGAGGUGAUGGAGGAGGUGGUGGAGGAGGUGAUGGAGGAGGUGAUGGAGGAGGUGAUGGAGGAGGUGAGGAUGGACUCGAUGAUGGCCGUGUAG